CCUAUUUCGUUGACAGUGCCAUUCUGGCGUCGGCAUAUAAACAUGGUUUGAUUUGAUUUUCGCCAAUGGUUAGUGAAUUAGCGUUUUGUCUGUGGACAUCUGAUUCAAUAUAUGAUGUCGGAAUUGUUUCGGAUUAAAUAAGGAAAUAGACGUACAAAAUUUAAUUAUUUAUUUAUAGUAUUAGUUUCAUAGUCGUGUUGUGAGAACCAAAAGGAAUAAUUCAAAAUGAAUUUUGGAACCGCUCAAAUAAUGCUCAGACUUCCCGACGACUCAAAUGGGCCGGUUGGCAAACACCGAUGCCCAAGCCCACUGCUGGGAUCAUCAAACAAUCUAAACAUUAUGCCAAUGAAUAGAAAAAGGGCUUCGUCUUUUAAAAAGCCACGAGAAAAAAACCUCGACAUGUUUCUAAGCAACGAUAUGCGCCCAAGGACCAGUAGUAUGCCUUCAAGAAAUGCCUUCAAGCGAUCACACGAACAACUACUCCAAAAAACUUUACUUGGUUUAAACAUUGAGCCAGAAUUAGAGACCUACACAGUUCGAGAAUUUGAAAUGAACUCAAAAGGCGUAAUUGUCCACAGGAGCGACUCAAUGCGGUCGCGAAGCACAAACAGCGUAAUGUCGUCGGAGGGGGACUUUUGUCCAAUAUCACCCACGUCCCGAACAUCAAGUUCAUUGUCACGUGACAGUGUAGCACCCAGUCCCGUGCCAUCAGCUCCUCCUGCACGGGUACUUGUGACGGGAAUUGUGGGCUGCGGAAAAACGGCGAUAACGCAGCAGUUUAUGACUUCGGAAUACUUAGGGGGAUUUAACACUAGCAUUGAUGGAGAAACUGAAAAGGUUGUGAACGUGCUCCUCAACGGCGAAGAAACCUCCCUGGCAUUUAUCGAACACACGACACAGGAUGACACGGGACAUUCAUUGAAAGAACUUGGGGAAAACAUCACCGCCUUCUUGAUAGUAUACGCAUGUGAUGACAAAGAUUCCUUUGAUCGGGCAGUGGACAUGCUCUACACUUUGAGGAAAAAACAACACAAUGAGGAGAUCAUCAUAUUUGUAGGGAACAAAUCGGACCUUGUGCGUUCAAGAUGCGUCUCAUCCGAUGAGGCCAAAGCUGUGGCAAAGACAUAUGGUUGUAAAUUCAUAGAGACCUCCGUUGUUCUGAAUGUAAAUGUAGACGAACUUCUUGUUGGUAUUGUGAAACAGCUACGCCUUCGAGACGACCUGAAAUCCAAGCGUGAAAAGGUCUCUCCAGGAUGUGCGUCGUCAAGUAAAUCGUUGCUCAGCAAAAUCUUCAAGAAAGAGCCUAUAUCGAAAUCCUGUGAAAAUUUGUAUACUUUGUGAGAGUUGUGUUUUUUUACAAUUGAUUAGCGAGGUUGCAAAACACUUGUACAUGUAUAAGUAUAGUUGCAGUUUGCCGUUAAGUAUUCUGCUAAUUCUUUUUCAACGCGUACGGGUUGGCUGAUGGUCACUCACGACAAUACAAAUCUGAUCGUAAAUGUGAAUAUUUCAAACGACGGAACACCAUUAGUCCAGGACUGAUCACGUGACAAAACUUAUUUUUCCAUAAUUGGUCAUUUAUCUUUAUCCAUUUUUUUCCGAUUCCGAUGAAUAAUUGAAGCAUUUGCCAGACUGUGUUGGCGUCUUGAUAAAUGUUAUAAGGUUGUCGACGUGAUAUAUACGUUACGGGGUUUCUAGGUGACCCGAUAUGUUAUAUACGGGGCUUAGUAAGCUAUAUUCAGUGUAUGAGCUUCACUCUAACCCUAACUGGUUUCCUUUGUCACGCAUAUCACAUACGGGACACCCUCUACCCGCCUAUCCAUACCUGUUUGACUUAUGUUCGUAAUUAUGAAGCAUUUUAAGUGAAUAUUUCAAAUUUGUUAAAGGGUUUUUCAAAGUUGAUUUAACAAAAAAUCUCAGAGGAAGUAAACACCAAAAAUAGGUGAAAUUCAGCAAAGAAAUAAGUUAUUUAAUAUUUAUGCAUUUACAUUUUAUGAAAGGUAAAUUGCACUUGCAAUCAUUUUCAAACGUACAUGUGCGGGUAGCGUUUUGCACCUCUUAAUCAGUGUUUUCAUUUCCUUUGUAUGUGUACAUAUAUAUAAAUACACAAUCUGCUCAAAAGUCUGCAAAGUAAAAUAUUGCCUUCAAUUAAAAAAACAAUGCUUUAUGAAUUUAUAAUGUAGAAUACAGCCGAACCCGUUGGCUUGAACUACCAGGACUGGCAAAACACCUCGAGCAUUCGAGCCAAGCGGAAAUGAUUACCUUCAUAAGAAAGAAAUCCGCCCUUUACAUCCAAUUCGAGCCAUCGAGGAAAUCGUGUCAAGCGAGUUCGAGCCAAGGGGGUUUGAUUUUAUAUUGCAGAUAUUUAACAAUGAGGCACGUCACUAUCACCCAACUGCAUAACACGGGCAAGCGAACUACUUAUUUUAUUUUAAGAUUGCUUGACGAAUAUUGUUGUUCGUUCGGGUAUAUAAAAGUGAAACACGCAAAACUUAAUCCCUAAAAUUAAUGUUUUUAAUAAUUAAAGUAACUUAUUUUUCUAAACAAUGACAAUCAAAGAUAUCACUUGAACGUAAAUGCAUUCUUAGCCGAUGAUUGCAUUAGUUGAAAUACUGACGAUAUAAAUAUAUUUAAGUCUACAUUAAUAGCUUUACUUUCGUUUUAUAUAUUUUACGUGCUCUUAUUCAAAGAGCAUAAAAUGGCGCCUAUGUGUAUCGUUUGCUCAAACUUGCUAUGUAAGAUAUUCUUAUAAAACAAACAUACAUAAACAUACCGAAUAUGUAUUAAACUGACCCUUGCAUGUUUUCAAAAGUCAAGUAACUUUGUCAGUGUACGAGUAAACACUUCUACCUAUAGAAAGCAUGCUACAUGCGUUCUCUGCAGGCUCGCUCUAGGGCUUUCAAUUUGUACAAAGUGUCUGAUUUUAAGGAAAAAAUGUGUGGAAUUGUAAAAUAUUCAUAUAUUGACAUUGUGAUCCUUUCUUGUAUACAUAUAAAGACUAUUGAUAUUUGAAUAUAAUCUAUUCAAUUUUAUAAUAUUUUAUAUUUUGUCUUGUUCUUUUAAAGAGUUUUGUCUUAAAGUGUAUAAUUUGAAAACAUACACAUAAACAACUCACGAUGAAAAAUCCUUGUUAGAUGUAAAGAAAUAAGUUACGUUGAAAAACAAUACAUAUGUGUGGAUUUAUUUUUUAAAAGGAAUCCUUUUAUACGGAUAUUGACUAACAUACAUACAAAUUGUUUGAUAAAAAAUAUCUCAAUAUAUUAACCCUUGUUUUAAAUGAAUUAAUAAAUUCCUUCUGUCAGAUUAGUAGGUUUUCGUGAGAUGCCAGCAGGAACGACUCUCUUCAAAAGGGUACGGCAAAUCUAACUUGUAAAUAUUUACAUUCCUAUUGCGUCUCCUAAGAUGAACGCAUAUUAUUUCGUUUGCUUUCUAUCACGAAGAAUGCUACAUCUACGGAAUACCUCUCAUUGUACAAAACCGGCGCUUCUUAUUGGUUUAUAAACAGCGCUUGUUACUGGUUAAAGAAACGACACUUGUCAUUGGUUAAAGAAACGACGUCAUUGGAUAAAUGGCGUUCUAUUUUAAUAAAUAUAUGUGAUUAUAAUGAAAGAAGUGACGUCAAUGAAGAUGCCGCAGAUUAAACAACCGAAUUAAUACUAUGUUCAAUACACGUUUAAGCGUUAUUUUCCAUGGCUAUGGUUGAAAUAUCACAGAGAAAAAUUGCAAAUAACGAAUGCAAAUAACAACACGGAAUAUGUUAGAAUUGUGGUUUAUUUUUGUAUAAAACAUAUUUUAAUGGUCAUGGCAUGGAUACUUUUAUACCAACUUUUGUUUACACCGAUGAAAGGCAGAACUGAAACAUUCAACCAAUGAUUAGUCAGUAAUACAAACAUUGUCCUUUCACCAGUUCUGUAAAGAAGGGGCUACAAUUGAUAACUCUGAAUUAUUUACUUUUACUGUCGUUGUCUGCGAUUUGACUUGGACUGCCGAUACGCCUACAAGAAGGGGAACUCUAUGAAUUUAGUCAGCUUUAUGAGGAUGUGUUUGACAAUCGUCUUACUGUUAGUUUUGUAUGUGCCUUUGCGUAUAUAUGUCUUAAAAAGUAUAUGAAAGAUAUGAAUGCGUAUCAAACAUAAGUAUUGAUAACAUUUUAUUCUAUUUUUGUUAUUAAAUGUGUUUUAAUAUUGAAGGCAUAAA